ACACCAUAUAUAUAUCCAGUUACAUGGCCAGAGGAUGACAUCUUCCGACAAACUAUUAGUCUCCUAAUUGUGACAAAUAUUGGUGCUUAUAUCCUUUAUUUCCUCUUUGCAUCACUGAGCUAUUACUUUGUCUAUGAUCAUACAUUGAUGAAACAUCCACAAUUUUUAAAGAAUCAAGUCUAUAGAGAAAUUAAGUAUACUGUCCAGUCGUUGCCAUGGAUGAGUAUUCCCACUGUUUCAUUGUUCCUAUUAGAGUUGAGAGGUUACAGCAGAUUAUAUGAUGACAUGGGAGAGUUUCCAUAUGGUUGGAUUCAACUUAUUGUUAGUGUAAUAUCCUUCCUCUUUUUCACCGACAUGUUGAUCUAUUGGAUCCACAGAGGCCUUCACCAUCGACUUGUAUAUAAGCGCAUACACAAACCUCAUCAUAUUUGGAAGAUUACCACUCCAUUUGCAAGUCAUGCUUUUCACCCUGUGGAUGGUUUCCUUCAGGGACUACCUUAUCACAUAUACCCUUUUUGCUUUCCCUUACACAAAGUAGUCUAUUUAACUUUAUACAUCCUGGUCAAUAUCUGGACAAUUUCCAUCCACGAUGGUAAUUAUCGUGUCCCCAAAAUUUUAAGACCAUUUAUUAAUGGCUCAGCUCAUCAUACAGAUCACCAUCUAUUCUUUGACUAUAACUAUGGACAGUAUUUUACAUUGUGGGAUAGAAUUGGAGGCUCGUUCAAAUAUCCUUCUUCUUUCGAAGGGAAGGGACCACUUAGUUAUAUGAAGAACAUGACAGAAGAAAAAUGCAACAACCAUGCAGGAAAUGGUUGGAAAAAUGAAAAAUUAUUCAAUGGAGAGUGUACAAAGCAUGAGUAGAUUAUUGCACAAUUAUUCUUAAGAA